AUGACCCUCAUCGAACAAUACUCGCCCACCCCAGCUAUGGCUGCUGCUGUUGCUGCGCUUCUUCUGGUCGUUACGUUAGUACUAAUCAUUUCUGUCCACGCCAUACUGGCAACUUCGCAACAGUCUCCCGUUCCCAAAACCCGUCGCAAAGGCACCCCUACCCAUGUGCUGAUUGUACUUGGAAGUGGAGGUCAUACAGCCGAAAUGCUCUCCAUGCUGCGCCGCAUGCCAUUAGACCCCAACGUGUACACCUUUCGCACCUACAUUGUAACCUCAGGCGACGGCUUUAGUGCCUCGAAGGCCGCGGAAUUUGAAGCGACCCUUCAGACGCAAUACAGGAACAGGAAUAGCAGCAACGAUGAUGGUUCCCAAUACUAUGAGGUGAUCACAGUGCCUCGCGCCCGUCGCGUUCAUCAGUCAUAUUUGACGGCCCCGUGGUCGACAAUUCAGUGUUUUUGGGCCUGUCUCCAAGUUCUGCGCGCUAAACACGCCGAUCAACAAUCACGUAAACGCGGUGGUGCUACAAGCCCAUAUCCUGAUCUGAUUCUCACCAAUGGUCCUGCAACGGCAAACCGAAACGUCCUUGUAACGGCAGGCUCCCGUGGUCUUGGUGCUCUAGUCGCAGAGAAAUUUGCAGCAGAAGGAGCUAAUGUGGCUAUCAAUUACGUUUCAAACGUAGGACGAGCUGAGGAAACGGCGUCGAAGAUCAAGUCGCAAUACCAAGUUAAGACCACGAUUAUCCAGGGUGAUUUGGGAGUUAAAGAGGACUGUAUCAAAGUUGUCAAGACAGCUGUCGAUGAGUUAGGCGGUCUUGAUAUUGUGAUAUCGAAUGCUGGCUGGACCAAGUUCGCCAAAUUCGACGAUCUCGAUGCCACGGAGGAGAGUGACUGGGACAAGUGCUGGGCAGUCAAUGUCAAGGGCCAUUUGCAUAUAUUCCGUGAAGCUUUGCCAACAUUUAAUGCAAACCCUGACGGAGGCGUGUUCCUCGUCACAGCUUCGAUUGCGGGAUUGGGUGCUUCUGGCAGUAGUUUGCCAUAUUCCGUCUCCAAAGCAGCAUGUAACGUCUCCCCUCUCUUCACGCCCAGCUUACACCUGACGAAAUGUCUUGCCAAAUCUCAAGGACCUAAAGUUCGCGUCAAUGCUGUCUGUCCUGGGCUAUUGCUCACUGAAUGGGGCAACCAAUUCUCCGCAGAGUCUAUCCAUAAUCACAUAGAGAAGACAGCACUAAAGCGAGUGGUCAGUAACAACUGGAAUGAACUGAAGGGGCAAAUCACUGACUCAAGGACUUCAAAGGCCGAGUUGGAAGAUACCGCAGAUCUGUACAUCACCCUCGCUAAAAAUUCUUCAAUGACAGGCCAGUCAAUGGCUGUUGACGCUGGCUUCACUCUCGCAUGA